ACCGGCUACUCCAGGUGGCUCUACUACGCCUCUACCGGUUCUUCCCGGUCACUCUAUUUUCCGUUACAACCCUCCACUUCUCCUCCCCUCCCACCGUAUAUAUCACAACUCUAUAUCUCUCGAAGAGAUAGACGACGAUAGAGAUUUAGGGUUUGUAGGAGUGCGAAUUCCUGCUUACCCUCAAUUAUUCUGUCCCAGAGAUGGCACACAGAGACCCUGAAUCAAACGGCGAAGAUGUUAACAAUACUCUCGUGGCCAACACCCGCUGCAGCUUUUGUUUCCCUUGCUUUGGUACCCGCCGAUCGUCGGCUGUUGGAAUUGUCUGGUGGGAGCGGAUACGGUCGGUGCAUAUCGAUGAGGACAAGUGGUGGUUCAGUGGCUUUCGCGCCUUCAAGAAAAUCAGAGAGUGGUCGGAGAUCGUCGCCGGCCCGAGAUGGAAGACCUUCAUCCGGAGAUUCAACCGGAGCCGGAGCGGUGCCGGGGGCAGUGGAAGUAGGCACGCAGGGAAAUUUCAAUACGACCCUUUGAGUUACGCUCUGAAUUUCGACGAGGGACCGGGGAAGAAGGACGAUAUCGACGGCGACUACGAUUACCCCUUGUACCAGAAUUUCUCGACACGGUAUGCUUCGGUCCCUAGCCAAAAAUCAUCAUCGUCGGCGUUGGAUAGCAGUAAGGAUGUGGCGGUGUUUUCGUAAAGAUACGCGGUAUGGGCUAAGUUGCGCCGCUGGAUGAGCUGGAGAGUUGACUGCUUGACGUUAACAUGGCGGCGACAAAUCGCUUUAACGUUUUCUUUCUUUCCAAAUGUUUGGAUAAUAUUAUUAUUAGAUAAUUUAAUUAUAUUUGUUUUUAUUUUUAAAAUAAUAUUUGUGAGGAUGGUGGUGUAUGAUAUAUAUAAUAGUAUUAGAUAGUUGUGUUUGUAUAAAUAAAGUAAGAAAAGGUUGUUUUCAACCAUUA